AUGAGGUCCUCGAAACUGUCUCUGUGUUUCCGCGUCGAGACCGACUCUGCUUGGACCAAAAUGAUGGACUUCCAAGUCACAGUCGCUCCUCCAUCCAAGCCUCGUGAGAACCCAUUCGGCUCCAUCUUCCGUUCGAAGAGACAGGCCGGUCUUCCCUCAUACUGCCAGUGCACUCCUCCUAGAGUGACCUGCCCACCUGGACCACCUGGACCUCCUGGACGACCUGGAGCACCUGGACAACCUGGAGCACCUGGUCAGCCUGGUAGCGACGCCACUACAACAUACGCUCCAAUCAUCUGCCCUGGUCGUGACAACACUUGCGUACAAUGCCCGGCUGGACCUCCUGGACCUCCCGGACCAAGUGGAGCUCCAGGAGACAGGGGACCGAACGGAAAUCCAGGACGAGCUGGAGGCCCUGGAAACGAUGGCGGUCCAGGACCAGCGGGACCUCCCGGAGAUGCUGGAGCACCAGGAAACCCUGGAUCAGAUGGACAGCCCGGACAGCCCGGAAGAGACGGAACCACUGGAUCGGGAACUCCUGGACCUCCAGGACCUGCUGGAGGUGUUGGAGCUCCAGGAAACGCUGGAGGACCCGGAAACGCUGGUGCUCCUGGAAGGGCCGGAGGACCUGGACCCGCUGGUCAACCCGGAGGUCGAGGACAGCCAGGAAGAGACGGUCAACCCGGAAGACGUGGAAACCCUGCAGGUCCGGGAGGAGACGCGGCUUACUGCCCGUGCCCACCUCGCUAUGCUGCUUCUGCACGUGCACGCAAGGCACGCGCUUGA